GUUUAUGUUGCCGUUAUAAUGGAAUUUAAUAGCAUUAAUAGUAAGUCCGGCAGAGGAGAGCUCUUUCUUAAGAUGGAAUUCCCCUUUGUUUAUGAAUUUUCUCCUGUUUACGAAAUCGUCAUGUUCAUUCAAUUUGUACAAUUAUUGAGCAACGCUUGGGUAAUUGGGAUGCUGGAUGCACUGAUUAUGACAUUGAUAUUUCAUAUAAGCGGGCAGAUAGAUAUUGUGUGCCAAGGGUUGCUCGAACUUUUCUCAAAAGACUAUGAAUAUAAAUCGUAUAAGGAUGCGAAGAGCGCCGUUAUCUGCAAGCAUCAAAAUGUCAUUGCGUUCUCAGAUAAUAUCGAAAAUCUUUUCUCAAAUAUUGCGUUAAUGCAGUUUUUUACAAACACGCUUGUCAUAUGUUGUAUAGCAUUUGUUAUUUUGAUAUCGAUUGACGGUAACAAAGGAUUUAAUAUGUUGUUGAAAUCUUUAUUCUUUUACAUCGCUAUUACUUUGGAGGCGUUCAUCUUUUGCUUUGCUGGAGAAUAUCUUAGCAAUAAGAGCAAAUCAGUCGCAAACGCAGCUUACGAGACUCUGUGGUAUGAUGCAGAACCUAGCGAAAGUAGAAAUUUAUUAAUUUUAAUAUUGAGAUCACAAAAACGACUGACAUUAACAAUUGGAAAAUUUAAUGAUUUAUCGUUGGAAGUUUUUGCAUCUAUUUUGAAAGCUUCUGCCUCUUACGUGUCGGUGCUACUUGCAAUGUCUUGAUUAACAAAAGGAUAUUAAUUGCAAAGUCUACAUAAACAUAUAUAUAUGUUUGCAUAUUA